AUGACUAGUGAGAAAAAACCAUUUACAAUCCCUUAUAGUAAACAAAGAUUCAGAAGGAUAAGACCAUUGAGACUAGUGCUUGGUAUUGUUAUUGCCUUGGGGUUAAUUUACGUUAUUAGAGGAAUUGGUAAUGAUGAUGAUGACGAUAUUGAUUAUUUAAACCACAAACUAGAACAACUAUACAAUGUUGAUAAUCAAAUUAAAAUCAACAAUCAUGAUGGGAAUGGUGGUAGUAUAUUGGAUAAAGAUAAUUUACAUCAAUAUAAAAAACCUAAGACUGCUACAAAUUCAAGAUUUAGAGCUCAAACUUGUGAGAAUUAUGUUGAUUAUUCUCAAGAGUUACAUCAACCAUUUUCAGAGGGCCCAUUAGAAUUACCAUUCCAAAGACCACCAGAAAAUUGUCGUACUUUUGUAUCACCUGCAGUGGAUAAAGUUAUUGAAGAUUUAAAACAAAAAAUUAAAGAUCCAGAUUUAGCAAGACUUGUUGAAAAUGCAUUACCAAAUACUUUGGAUACUACUAUAUUAUGGCAUAAACCAAAAGGUUCAGAUCUUUCUACUAAAUAUUCACAAUCUUUUGUUGUUACUGGUGAUAUUCAUGCUGAAUGGUUAAGAGAUGCUGCAAGACAAUUAUCAAUAUAUCAUAAUUUUACAAAUCAAGAUGAAGAUUUAAAAGAAUUGAUGAGAGGUGCUAUUAAUACCCAAGCUUCUUAUAUCUUGAUUAAUCCUUAUUGUAAUGCAUUCCAUCCCCCACCAGGUUCAGGUAUUAAAAAAGGUCAAACUCAUAUUGAUAAAGUUUCUCCGAGAGUUAAUUGGAGACAUGUAUUUGAAUGUAAAUGGGAAAUUGAUUCAUUAGCUUCAUUUUUAACUUUAACAAAUGAGUAUUUUGAAGCUACAAAUGAUUAUACAAUUUUCAAUACACUUUGGUUUAAUGCAGUGACAAAUAUUAUAAAAGUUAUUCAUAGACAACAAUCACCAACUUUUGAUGAAAAGGGAACAGUUUUACCAUUUUAUUAUACAUUCCAAAGAGAUACUAAUGUUGGGACUGAAACUUUACCAUUAGCUGGUACUGGUAAUCCAGUUAAUUAUAAUAUUGGAUUAGUUCGUUCUGCAUUUAGACCUUCAGAUGAUGCAUGUAUUUUCCAAUUUUUCAUUCCAGGUAAUGCACAUAUUUCAAUUGAAUUAUUGAAAAUUAGUAAAAAUUUAAAGAAAAUUCAAGAUAAAAUACCUCAAGAAUCAAUUGAUGAAUAUAUUGAAGAAACUGCAAAAUUAGGUAAUUCAAUUAGAGAUGCAAUUUUCGCAAAUGCUAUAUUUGAGCAUAAAGAAUUUGGUAAAGUAUUUGCAUUUGAAAUUGAUGGAUAUGGUGGUGCCAAUUUUAUGGAUGAUGCAAAUAUCCCAUCAUUAUUAUCAUUACCAGAUUUAGGUUUCCUAAGUAAAGAUGAUCCAAUUUAUCAAAAUACAAGAAAAAUGAUUUUAAGUAAUAGAGGUAAUCCAUAUUAUAUCCAAGGCAAAUUUUUCAAAGGUAUUGGUGGACCACAUAUUGGUAUUCAUAAUGCAUGGCCAAUGAGUUUAUUAAUGUCUAUAAGAACUAGUGAUGAUGAUGAAGAAAUAUUAGAAAAUUUAUCAAGUGUUUUACAUAAUACUGCAGGGUUAGGAUUAAUUCAUGAAAGUAUUCAAGUUCAAUAUCCAGGUGGUGUUAAAUUUACAAGACCUUGGUUUGCUUGGGCAAAUUCUGAAUUUGGUAAAACUAUAUUAGAUUUAGCUCAAAGAAAACCUCAUUUAAUUUUUAAAGAUGAAUAUGCUAAAACACCAUAUUCAAUUCCAAGUGUUAAUUAG